UACAUUCAAUAGGACAGGGAAAAUAGUUUCCCAAGAAGAUUUAAGCUUAAAAAAUGGAGCUUCUUCAUCCUUAUCCUCCUCCAGCUUCUAGAAUCAAACCCUUUUCAGAGUGUUCACAUUCAUCAACUCUCCGAAAUGGGUUUUAUCAGGAAAGUAUUACAAUCAGUUCUCAGACCCAGUCACCGGAGAUGAUCAGAGAUGACGAAUAUGAAGUAUUCAUCGCAGUCGGAAAAUCUUCUGCUAAGGCAAUUACCCUUCUUCACUGGGCUUUCCAAUGUUUUCCAGGCAGGAAAUUUUGCAUUCUUCAUGUUCAUCAACCGUCUUCCUUGAUCCCCACCCUCUUGGGGAAGUUUCCAGCAAGUGAAGCAAAUCAUGAAGUGGUAUCUGUGUACAGGAUGAAGGAAAAAGAUCAGACAAAUAGAUUAUUGCUUAAUUACUUGUCUGUCUGUUGUCAUUCUAAGAUUAAUGCAAGAAUCAUUACAAUUGAAGAUGCCCAUGUUCAAAAGGGAAUCCUAGAUCUGGUGAAUGAACAUGGUAUCAGAAAUCUUGUUAUUGGAGCUAUGCCGGACAGCAACUUUGAGUUGGUAUUAUACAAACUGAUAACAUUUUGCAGUUGUGUGAAGGGAAAAAGGAGCUCAAACAAGGCAAGUCAUGCUGCAAAACACGCUCCUCAUUUCUGUCAGAUAUGGUUCAUCUACAAAGGGAAACAUGUCUGGACAAAAGCUUCCACAGAAAAUGCUAUAUCAUUUCCUACACAUCUCAACUCUUCUGCCCCAGAACACAGUUCCAGUUCAUCAAGUUCAACUAGCAUGAACUCAGUUAGUGGUUCUAAAUCUAAUUCCUGUACUGAGCAAAAAAUGUCCUUGGAUUCCACAUCAAAGUCUGAGGAAGAAUGCUUGUACGGUCAUCUUAUAGAAAUAAAGCUAGAGACGGAGGUGUUUAGAAUGGAAGCAUCGCUUGAGAGAUCAAAGUGUGAACAUUUUGAAGCUGAAGCCGCCAAAUUUAUUGACAAGGUCAAUGAUUUGAAAUCUGCUUGUGAAUGUGAAACUAAGCUCAUAAUGGAAGCUGAGAAUGAAGUGAAAGAUACAAUCCAUAAGCAGGGAAAACUGUUGGAAAAACAAGAAGAAAUCACGAAGAAGCUGCAGAAGACCACCCGAAAUAUAGAUGUUCUAGAAAGUCGGGUUCAGGAAGCUAACAGUAGAUGUGAAAAGGCAGCAAGUGAAUUGAAAGUUUUAGAAACCUCCAUCGCCACUUUGCAGCGCGAAAAGCGUCGGAUUCAGCGACAGAAGGCAGAAGCAAUGCGGUGUAUCGAUUCGUGGAAAAACUGUGGAGUAACAAACAGUUGUGGGUUAGUUGGAUUCACUGGCAAUUCUUUCAAUUUGGCAGAGUUUUCAACUUCAGAUUUGCAAACUGCUACUUGUGACUUCUCCGAGAGUUUCAGAAUCGGUCAAGGGGGAAAUGGUUGUGUGUACAAAGGAGAAUUGUUAGGUAAAACCGUUGCGAUAAAGAUGUGGGACCCGCGUAAUAUUCAAGGGCGGCUUGAGUUUCAACAAGAGGUUCAAAUUCUUGGCAAACUAAGUCAUUCUCAUUUAGCGACAUUAAUUGGUAUAUGUUCGGAGGCCUGUUCAGUGGUUUACGAGUAUUUGCCCAACGGAAGCCUCCAGAACUUUCUUCUUAAGAAGAGCAACAAAGCUUCCAUAACAUGGAAAUUAAUUGCACGAAUAGUUGCUGAAAUUUCAAGUGCCCUCUUGUUCUUGCACUCUUGCAAACCGAAGAGUAUAGUCCAUGGUAAUCUGAAACCCGAGAACAUUCUUCUUGACUCUGAACUCAGCUGCAAGCUGUGUGAUCUCGGGAUUUGUACGAGUCUUGGUCAAUUCGGUGAGCCAUCAGGGUCUGCUCAUACAGAUCCUGAAUUUUGCCGAACCGGGAUAUUAACAAUGAAAUCAGAUAUUUAUUCGUUCGGGCUCAUUAUUCUUCAGCUCCUCACAGGGAGGAGUCCAGUUGGAUUGAUAAACGAGGUUCGAAGGGCGGUUUCAACUGGAAAACUAGCUUCCAUAUUGGACUUGUCUGCAGGAGAAUGGCCUACCUUUGUGUCAAGAAGAUUGGUGGAUCUAGGUUUACAGUUUUGCAAGAUAAACAGUAAGGAGAGACCCCUGCUUACAACAGAUUUGGUUAAGGAAUUGCAGAAUCUUCCUUUUUCGGAAGAUCGCCCUGAUCCAUCGUUUUUCACGUGUCCUAUUCUUAAGGAAUUAAUGUAUGAUCCUCAAGUGGCGGCAGAUGGUUUCACUUAUGAAGGUGAAGCAAUUCGAACGUGGCUCGAAAAUGGACAUGAAAGUUCUCCGAUGACGAAUCUGAAGCUGGAUCACUUGCAUGUAACUCCUAACCAUUCGGCUCGACUUGCAAUUCAGGAUUGGCUAUGUAAACGGUGAAGUUGGUGUGUUAUCGCAUUCACAUUUGCAUAUUAUCAUGUGAAUAGAAUAUAUCGAUAGAUAGAUAAGUUGUUAUAUACAUAAAGAAGUACGCCCCGAUAAGUAUGAAUACUUUUACUUUUGGAGUGGACGUAGUUUCACCUUCUUUUGUAUAAAUAAAACUUUUGCAAAUCAAGUGUGCUUUGAUUGUUUUAAUAUUGAUGGAUCGAUCUCGAGUUUUUCAGUCAAUGAGUCUAAUCUUGUAUUUAUACAAAUCCAUUUCCAAAGUG